CCAUUUUCCCACCGCACGGCACGGCUCCUCCUCACACCGCUUCUUCACUUCUUCUUCUUCCUCCAUCCGCUGGCUGCUCCAUCUCGCCCUCUCCCGCCUCCUUUAUAACCUCCCUCCCGAGCUUUCACUUCACACCACGGCUCGAGCUUCUUCCUCGGUGCCACCCUUGCUUCUUCCCCUUUCUUUCUUCUAUCUACUGCUCUUCCUUCUUCCUCGGUGAAGCUGAUCCGAUCCUAUCCAUAUAUCCGGUCCAAGCUCGUCGCUUCAAUCCAAAGGAACGCCCUUAACAAGGAAGAUCCAGGAGAAACCAUCUCGAUCGAGACACCACCUAUAUAAGAUAAAGAAGCCGUGCUUCUAUCCUGUCCAUCGCCAUGGCCGUCCCGCGCUAUGUUCUUGCCCGUGCACACCACCACCAGUGCCAGUCGCCGAGAAAUUAACAGAGCAAAGGAGAGAGAAGAAGCUCUCCCGUGGAGCGGUAGCAGCAGAAUUUUCCUGGGUUGUUUCUUUGGGCGGCGAGAAUGCGGCAGAUCUCGUCGAUGCUGCAGGGGCUGGCCCGUUCCAUGGCGGGGAAGGAGAGGAAGGGCGAGGAGGAGCACGGGACGGUGCUGCGGACGUCGGGGACGCUGCGUGGCGAAGGCUCCGAGACGUUCGCCGCCGCCUACUCCCGCCGCGGCGAGAAGGGCACCAACCAGGACUGCUCCAUCGUCUGGGAGGGAUUCGGGUGCCAGGAGGACUCCAUCUUCUGCGGCAUCUUCGACGGGCACGGCCAGUGGGGCCACUACGUCGCCAAGGCCGUCCGGGACUCGCUGCCACCGUCGCUGCUGUGCCGGCGGCAGGAGGCCGUCGCGCUGGCGUCGCUCAUCGACGGCGAGAAGAAGCUCUCAGACUGCCAGUUCGACCUCUGGAAGCAGUCCUACCUGGCCGCCGCAGCCACCGUAGAUGAAGAGCUCCGCCGCAACCGCCGCCUCGACGCUGUGGAUAGCGGCAGCACCGCGCUUUCCAUCGUCAAGCAGGGGGAGAUGAUGGUGAUCGCGAACGUUGGCGACUCGCGGGCCGUCCUGGCGACCACGUCGGACGAUGGCAAGGUAGCCGCCGUCCAGCUCACCGUCGACUUCAAACCAAACUUGCCUCAGGAGCAGGAACGCAUCAGGCAGUGCAAGGGCCGCGUGUUCUACCUCGAUGACGAGCCCGACGUGCACCGGGUGUGGCUGCCCGACCAGGAGGCGCCGGGCCUCGCCAUGUCGCGCGCCUUUGGCGACUAUUGCGUCAAGGACUACGGCGUGAUCUCGACGCCGGAAGUGACGCAGAGGAGGAUCACCGCCCGGGACCAGUUCGUCAUCCUCGCCACCGACGGGGUCUGGGAUGUGAUCUCCAACCAAGAGGCCGUGCAGAUCGUGGCUGCCACGCCGAACAGGGAGAAGGCGGCGAAGCACCUCGUCCAGUGCGCCGUCCGUGCAUGGAGAAGCAAGCGGCCGUGCUACGCCGUCGACGACUGCUCCGCGAUCUGCCUCUUCUUCCACUCGCCGUCGUAGACCGACAGCUUCCUCGGACAUUUCCGCCAGGACUUAGGACUUCGAAGAGAAAAAUCUGCCGCCCCUUCCUCGCGGCCAGAGACCGAAAUGGCAGAUCACUGCAAAUCAGAACGUGCAGUUCGGCUCUGUGACUGGGACGCCAGGGUGGUGGAAGACCGAAAAAUCUCUGGUCUUCACAACGUCCAUGCAUGCCAAAAUGUACUUGAAUCAACCGACAGCCACCGGUAGACCGGAGAAAAAAAAAUGUAUUUUGUCCUCAUUUCUGUGCGUGUGGGCAUCAGUCUCUGUUAUGAUGGGAAACAGUCACAAUUAUUAUGGGUGUACAUCAAUCACA